AUGGUACCACCAAAUUCUGACAUAUUGCAAUCGUUUAAUUUGUGGCUGGGCAAUCAUAAAACCGUGGACGGUGGAAAAUGCGGUGACAAAAAUAUGGACCACUUCAUGUUCGAUUGUAUGGCGAAACACCCAUUCUUUACAGAUGAAGACACACUCGAGGGUUGGUAUGUAAUGUUAUACGACCGGAUGGCCAGGUGGUCUGGGCGUCAAGACUACAGAUGUGCUUUAUAUGAAACAGUCAAAGAAGACCCACCAUUGAUCAACAUGGUAAUUAGUGCGAACCAAUCGUGCCAUGGUCUUUUAAAGAGAAUUGAACAACCUGAGCAUACCGUUCCUAAGGGACUCCGUCAUUUUUCUGAUGGGUCGGUAGCUCUUCAGUUCAACAAAGACUUGCCACAAAAGCGCGUACGGAGAAAAAUACAGUCAGAAGUAGAAAGUGGCGGAUACAGAAAGAAAAGGGAAUUGGUUAUCGAGGAAGAUCGUAUCAAGAAAGGCAUAAAUAAUCGAAAAAAGAGGUGUUACUAUCCUAAUCAACGUGAUGAGCUAAAAAGAAUAGAACGUGGUGAAUCGAUAUAUGUUAACAAAAUUGGUCAAAAAUACCCCGACUCUUUGAACAAAACUGCAACUACUCCGUCCAAAGUCGUACAAUGA